CUGCCCGAACAGCUUCGCCGUUGCCUACAACAACAAGGCGUACGCGCUGUUUUCAAGUCGGAGACUACGCUAAGAUCUCAGUUAGUACGACCAAAAGACGCUGUCGACCCGGCUAAACAAGAUGGCGUAGUUUACAGGAUUCCCUGUGAAUGCGGCAAGGUGUACAUCGGAGAGACUGGAAGACCUAUGCAAGACAGAAUUAAGGAGCACGAUCGAGACAUUCGACUCGCCCGUACCGAGACCUCCGCCGUUUCAGAGCAUGCCCACAACACCGGACACAAGCCACUCUGGAACGAAGUAAAGUUUAUUGAUCGUGACCCUUAUUACUACACGCGCAGGGUCAAAGAGGCAAUUCAUAUAAGACUUCACCCUAA